AUGUCUCAAACACUCAAUAUCGCGGUUGUUGGCCUUGGCCGCAUGGGCAAGCGACACGUCCACACUCUGUUGUAUAGGGUACCUCGCGCUCGAGUUGUCGCAGUAUGCAGCUCAAUGGAGCACGAAGUCAAGUGGGCUCAGGAGAGCGAAGAGUACAAGGAGUUCAACAUCUCUGUCUAUGACAACUACGAUGAGAUGCUCAAUCAUUCUGGACUUCAAGCUGUCUGGAUAUCUACCAGUACCGAUGUGCACUCCAGCCAGUCUCUUGCUGCCAUUGACAAGGGACUGCAUGUCCUUUGCGAGAAACCUUUGAGCACUGACAUGACCGAGGCUCAGACUGUCGUUGACGCAGCGAAGAAGAAUCCUCAGCUCAAGAUCAUGGCUGGCUUCUCUCGUCGAUUUGACGCUUCUUAUCGUGAUGCAGCUCACAAGAUCUACAACGACAAAGCUAUCGGCGAACCUUUCAUGGUUCGAUCCAAUACUUGUGAUCUACUCGACGAAACUGGCUUCUUCGUUCGCUAUGCCUCUCGCAACGGCGGCAUUUUCGUGGACUGCGCAAUCCACGACAUCGACUUGUCACUCUGGUACCUCGGUAAUCCUAUCCCCAAAGCAUGCUGGGCAACCGGUACUCUCCAGCACCACCCUGAGCUCAAAGACCUCAACGACGUCGACAAUGCAGUCGGCGUAGUCGAAUUCUGGGGCGGCAAAAUCGCUUACUUCUACUGCUCUCGAACUCAAGCCCACGGUCACGAUGUCUGUACCGAAAUCACUGGAAAGACUGGCAAGAUCUCGGUUAAUGUUGUUCCCAAGGCUAACAAUGUGGUUCUUGCGGACAAGCUUGGAAUUCGUCAUGAAGUCCAGCCUGAAUAUUGGCAGCGAUUUGAAGAUGCUUUUGCGCUGGAGGCCAAUGAGUUUACGGAUGCGGUAUUGAAGGACAAACCUGUGCCUUUGCCUAUUGAGGGCGGUAUGCAGGUCAUGAACAUUGGCCGGGCGCUUCAGCAUGCGCUGCUGAGUGGGAACUUGGUCAAGUUUAAUGAGCAGGGCAGAUGGGAGUAG